AUGAAUAAUGUUUUUAAUUAUUUUAUUUUUAUGAUUAUAUUAAAAAGAGAUAAGAUGUCUAAACAACAGACAAACAACAUCACAAAUGUCUCUACAGAGUCACUUUCACAAAGAUUCUUAUUUGGGGGUCUAAGUUGUAUGGCUGCAGCAUGUGUUACCAAUCCUAUAGAUGUUAUAAAGACAAGAUUACAAUUGCAAGGUGAACUUGCAAAGAAAGCAACAGUGUCAUCAAACAAUAUUGUUAUGACUUCUGGUGUUAGUACCACUACAACCAGUUUAAACUCAGCGUCAACAUUUACACAUAAAAACAGCAAUAGCAAUAGCAAUGGUCACACACAUACACAUACACAAAAUCAAUAUAGAGGAUUCGUUAGAGGAACCAUACAAAUUGUAAGACAAGAAGGUAUUGCCGGUCUAUAUAAAGGAUUGUCACCUUCAUUGCUCAGAGAAGCUACCUAUUCAACACUUCGAAUGGGUGGUUACGAUUGGAUUAAAGUUUACUUUGUUGAUGAGAAUGGCAAGACUAGUUUAACAUCAAAGAUUGUAGCUGGUGCCAUUUCCGGUAGUGUAGGAGCAUCCAUAGCAAAUCCAACCGAUUUAAUUAAAGUAUGUUGA